AUGGCGGAUGAAGGAGAAAUUGAUAAAUCAACUGAAAAUAAAGAUACUGUAUUUGCUGCACAACCCACUACUGUUACACUAAAUUGGAAUUUAUUAAAUAAUUUAAUAAAACAAGAGAAUGAAUUAACAAGAAAAAAUAUCGAGAUGAUUAAAUUUAAUACAAAUUUAUCGAAAGCAGAAAUUACUGAAUGGCAUAAUAAUCUUUUACGCAACUGUGCAAAUAAUGAACUCUCAAUAGAUGAAUUUGUUGAAAAUUUUGAAGCUUUAUAUUCAAAUGGCAACGCAAAUAAUUUUAGCAAAAAUGUAUUUCGUGUAUUUGAUCGAAAGAAUAGUGGCACUACAAUUGGAUUGAUUCAAUUGAAAGAUCCAUAUCUCCGUUUUAGUAUUGCAUUCGAUCUAUAUGAUCACAAUUGUACUGAUAUAAUCGAUGUUAAUAAACUGGUUCAAGCUAUAUCUACUUUGUAUGAUUUUAAUGGUGUAGUUGAUCGUAAAGGUAGUACUUGGUAUGACAACAAAUUGUCACCAAUUAAAAUCGUAAAUGCAUCAUCAUCAGGUGAACCAUUACCAGAUUUUAUGAAUGAAAAAAAUUUUAAAAUUUUAAUUAAUGCUGAUGAUAAGUACUUAAGGCAAAGGCAACGGCGAUGUAAACGACCUUAA